AUGUGGAUACGUGUAAAUCAAAUACCCCCGGUUGGUGUUGAUAAUCAUAAAUGGUUUACAACGGUACCUGUGCUGAUGCGAAAUGAUUGGGGUGUGAUGGAAAAUGCGCAUCGGGAAUGCGUGACUCAGUUUGGGGAACAGUUGCUUUAUACACCGCUGCUAACCUGGUACGAUUGGGAAAGUUUAUUAUUGGUAGCUCGCAGUAAAAUACGUUUUGCGACUUUAAAAACCCAAGAUGACGCAGCGCUUGUGACAUUUGAUUAUCGCUGGAAAGAAAAUUGUGCAAGAAUGUGUAUAAAUCCUGAAGAUGCUGAACAAUUACGGUUGCGCAUGAUGAUGAUGGGUGAUAAAUAUGUGUGUGUAGAUAAUUUGUUGGAUUAUAUAUUACUUUUAGAAGACUAA